GCGAACCGCCGUCGAAGCAGCGCUGCCCGGAGCCGCCGCUAUGGCUGCGCGAACCGAACUGCCCUGACCGCAGCCAACGCCCGCGCCCGAUCGCGCGAAACGCCAACUCUUACUCUACUCAAUCUCCACCUCAACCGGAUGGUUCAAGGGUCGAGUGCUCUCUGUUCCCCACUUCUACCCCCCCUCAAACCUCUACGUGUUAUUAUUAUGUCGCCGAUUUGAAAACACUGCUACGCGGAGCCUAAGUUUCAAUCCUGUUAGACUCGAAGUACUGGUGUUGCAAGGUCUCUGUGAUUACUCCCACGGUGUGUUCCACUUUAGACUGCUCUAAUGCCUUGUUGGUGUCGGGCGCUGCGCGCGGUCGCGAGCGGCUCGCGCCCCAUGCGGCAGACGCCCAUGGAGGUCGGCUAGCGACGCGCGCGCACCCGGCCCCACCGCGUCCGUCCCCGCCCCGCCGCUCGCUCUCCCCGCCCCGCGCCGACGAGGCCAUGGAACUCGCGGACGUGCCGCGACACAGACCCCUCGCCUUCGAUAAGAUUGAAACUUUGCUAAAAGAACUGCAAGAUCCAGUAACAGGGGUCACCAUUCGUACUCAGAAAAACUUUCUCUCCUUCGUCCCAUCUGCUUUUACGGGACAAGACCUCGUCGAAUGGCUCGUGGACAGGUUACAGUUUGAUGAGAACACAGAAGCGGUGCACUUCUCCAAUAUUUUGUGUCGAUACGGCUACUUCUUCCCUGUCAGCGAUCUGAAAGUACUUGCUGUAAAAGAUGAUAGUUCUCUCUAUAGAUUUCAAAGUCCAUAUUAUUGGCCGUGGCAAGCCUCUCGGGUGGCUGGCAGUGGCUCUACCGUCCCCACACUAGGACCCGACAACAUCGAAUACGCGAUCUACCUCGUCAAGCGGACGUUACGUAACAAACAACGCCAUGGACUUGAGGAUUACGAACAGGAGGCGUUUACGAACCUCAAAAAGAACCUCUCUGCUAAGUGGGAUUUUAUUACAAUGCAAGCGGAGGAACAGGUGCGAUUGGCCAAGGACAGAAAGAAAUGGGAUAAAGUUGUAAGUGAUAGUCAGGAACGGGCGUACUGGAGGGUGGCCAGACCUCCCCCGGGUCUGCCCAGCAUGCUGGAGCCUUGUCCUGUGCCCAUACGAUGUCGGCAUCCUAGACCCAAGAAAAGAACGAUGCAACAAAUACAGAGAGAGAUCGAACAGCUGAAGGCUUGUUUGGAUCGGACACGAGUGAAGACAUCAGUGGCACUGGAAGCACUCUUAGCAUAUUCUGAAACAUACACGCCGUAUGAUCCCUGGCUGACCCCUCCGCAGCCAUCGAACCCUUGGCUCAGCGACGACACGAUCUUCUGGCAAAUCAACAGUCCUCUAGUGGAGGUGCCCAGCGAGAAGCGAGUUCAGCGAUGGGCCUUGUCGAUAGAUGAGCUGGUGUCAGAUCCAACAGGCUUGCAGGAAUUCACAAGUUUCCUGAGGAAGGAGUACUCUCAUGAAAACAUUCGGUUCUGGCUCGCUGUGAUGGAUUUACGCAGAAGUAGUACGAAGCAAAUACCCAAGAAAUUGGAUGAAAUCGUUGAAGAAUUUCUAAAGCCGGGAGCACCGUGUGAAAUAAACAUAGAUGGCGCCACUGCCGACCGCGUCGCGGAAGGUGUUCGCAGCGGGUCGCGGUAUGCGCUCGACCACGCGGCUGAUCACGUGUACGGCUUGUUACUCAAGAAGGACUGCUAUCCGAGAUUCGUGCGCUCGGAUCACUUCCAAAGACUACUCACGGAGGGACGGAAUGUACAUCAGAAAAAGGCUAAAUUCUUUAACUUCGGUGGGCAAGUGAAGAAGAAGCCGACGAGUGCGAGUGCUAGUGGCAGUGCGGGGUUGUCUCGGCGACGCGGAUCGGAUCGCUCGCUGUCGGGCUCGGCGCACGAGCUAGCCGUGUGUGCCGUGCAGCAGCCAAGACUGCCUGAGCCGCCGCCGCACAGCCAUUCGCAGUCGAAUCUGUGUGAUAUACCCUUUAGAGACCCUUUGGAUGACGAUUCGUCUGAAGUAGUACCAUGGGAGAAUUCCAGUAGAGAAGCGCAUGGUGCGAGACGACGACAAGAUUCCGCUGCCGAUUCCGGAAGCUCAUCAUCCGACGUGAGUGCUGUUGUGGGCAGCGAACGUAUGAGACGUCUUCCGCAACAGAGCACAUUAGACGGCGGCCUGAGAGGUGCCCCGCCACCCUUACGAAGACUAUCUGCCGUUGAACCGAGGCAUUUAGCUCCUCUUGCGUCCCCCCCACAUUCACCACGUCAAAAGCGCACCGUACCCACUUCACAGAUACAAUCUACGCAUCAUCCAACGCCGACCAUCAGCGUGAGUUCUGCCCCUGAUGAUUCUGGAGACUCACCACCUCGGUCACCUGAUGAAAGACGCUCAAACAUACAAUCAGAGGAACCAUCAUCAGUUUUCGCGUCCAUGGACGCAACGCCGACCGAGCCUAGCACUUCAUUUCCCGAGCGAGGUCUAUUCGAAAAUUCAGCUGAUGUGCAACCUGAAACAUCAACAGAAGUUCUUGUGUCCAUCAGUGCACCAGUGAGUGCUGAAGAAUUUUCUCUAUUGAUGAAACAGGAUUCCCAAGAUGUUCAGAAGUCUUCAGAAGAAGCCAUUUCAUUGCACUACCAACUGUCUGGAGAAUCUUCCAAUAAAGAUAUCAGCAUAAAACUAGGCGAAGAUGUUUUGAGUCAGUUGUUUCACGAAUCUUCUACUAGAGAAAGUUUAGUUUGUAAAGCUGUAAGUGUGAAAGAAGUACAAGAAGACAUUAGACGUCAGGAUACUGAAAGAAUUGAAUACGCUGUGGAAAAUUUAACCCGACCGGGGAUUGUGAGGCAGAAAAGUCUAUCAGAAAUUUCUUCGCCACCGACUAGUAUAUCUGAUAAAGAGAUUUAUUCACGAUCUUCUGAAACUGCACGGGUUGCAGUAGCACCACUAGCCACAUGCGAGGACAUCAACGAAGAUGAUAAUGUGGACAAAGUGCCUUCGAUACCACAUGAAGUCUCGGAUGAUCUUCCGUCUGAAGCUGAUGAAAAAAAUUUUGCUCACGGAGAUAGACUGUCUUCUGAAACCGGUGUUGUUAAGCAAGAAAGUAAAAUAAGUGUUAGUGAAAGAAAGCAACGUAAUGAUAUUUGUCCUUGGGAAGAUGAGAAUUCGUGCGAAACUGAAGCUCCAUUCGUUAAAACUUAUGCGACACUUGGAUAUUUAUAAUUAAUGUAGACAAAACAAUGAGAUCAGGGUUGUGUAGCGACUGUUGCGUUAUUGUAGUGCGUAAUUACUCGGUGAUAGCGAAUUAUACACUGAUCUCUAUUAUCCCGUUGUAUUCAGUGCAUUGUCACGGCAAUGAGCAGCGCUGUGGGCAGGGGAGGUGUAUUAACACGAUUCUGCUAUACUUAUGUGUAAUAGAUACAAAUAGUAAGUCAACUUCGUAGCUAGAAGUAGCAAGGAAGGGGUGCAGUAUGAAAGAGAGCGGCGUCCCCCUCCUACCCGCGACUUCUGUGAACGUACCGAUUCGCUUAAUUGCGCAUCGGUCCUCGCAUCGGGCAUUAAAACGUAUACACGACCUGACAGCCCGAUAAAGCGUGAUUUGAUCUGUCGAUGUGUGGGUAAUUAUUCAAAAUAUUAAGGAGCUAUUUCUAAGGAUGGCUGACUGUUUACGACUUUGCAAUAAAAAUCAUAGAUUCGAUUUCCUCUUGGAUGUUUUGCUUUUUUAUACGCUAGUAUAAUGUAAGUGCAUGCAUACAGUCAUGUCAGUCAAGACACACGGGCUGACCCACUGUUAGUUUUAAUUACACAUAUUAUGACACUGCUCAUCCUGAUAAUUGCAAUUUUUGUACAUUUUAGGCAUUAUUCGCGAGUACUGAAUAUUGUUAACAAAUGGGAUAUAUUAUGUAACUUUUGGUAAAGUGGACAGGCCACUAUAGUCCGACAACUUCGUGCACGACCGUCUCACGGGGUGACAGACGCAGGCGGGGACGAAGUACUAAGAUGUCAGCGGGUAGCGGGUGGUGUUGCGGGGAAGGGCAGCGCGUGAGACUUCCGUAACGUCACGAAGUUGUUGGACUAUAAUAAAGUAUAAACUGAUUUCAAUUUGAUAUUCGAAAUGUGAGGGUACUUUGAACUUAGUAAUAUAUUACUUGUAGCAUAACGUUUUGUGAAAAUAAUUUCAUUGUACACUCAUCGUUGCACUUUUAACGCCUGUCUAGUUUAUUUACGUUACAGAGAUCAGUGUUAAUGUAUUCCUUAAAUUUGCUUCAUAAAUUAUAUAAACUCUCGCCUCUACGGUACUGGAAUCAUAUUCCUUAUUUGUAAGCGUUUUCGAGUAUUUCUCUAAAUAGUUAUAUCGUAUAAACUUCUAUAACGAUUGUAUAUUGCAUCGUUCUAUUUUCAAAAAUAUUCAGAUCCAACGUGGUUAGAUGAAUAAAAGACGUACUUAUAAAAAUAUAAAUUUUAAUGAAAUAUAUGAUACAUUAUUUGCAAUAAUAAUUUUAGAAAAGCGUUGUAUAAUUUAUUCACAUAUUGGGUUCCAUUACAACGAUAUUUUUUGAGUAUAAAACAAGUACAAUGUUAUCAAUAGGGACAAUAUCUUAUGAAAUACCAAUAGAUACUUUGCUAAUUAGAUAGUAAUAUAUGUGCCUAUAAGUAGUUCACAAAUUUAAAUAAUAGAAAUUAUAUAUAAUUAAUUAAUAAUGCCUAUUCUGUUGUUGGCACUGUUAACGAAAUGUUAUUGUAAAAAUCACGUUUCACAUCAAUUUCUUAGUAAAAAGAAGGAUGGAAAUAAAUAAAAAAAGCUUCUCAAAGGCGCGUGCUACCACAUUUAGAAAAACCGUUGGGAAAUUGUGAAAACUCUUGUUAAUUAUAGUUUAGUGCUGACAGUUUUCAGUCUUUAUCACCAGACUUCCCUACAGAAGCCAUCUGCGUCUCUUUGUGUUCCUGGAGGACAAUUUGAGGGCACCUUUAUCAUACUCCUUGGUACAAACUCUGGUAUCAGCUUCCCAGCACGAUGCGUUUCAGUUUGCAGAACCGCUGAAGAUUCUUUUGUACGUUUCUGUUCAAAUUUUUCUUCAACUUGUAUUUCUUUAGAAACUUUAAUCUCAUCUGCCAUAUUUAUUUUCUAAAAACAAUAUAUUUCUAUUAGUAUCCUAGCUUAAGGUCAUUGGCCUUCAGAUUGUUUUAUAGAAAUUAUCGAAGUUAGUUUGUGAUCGCUGAAAAUAAAACAAUAAGUAUGAGUCUUAAUAAUAAAUUAUCUAUAUGUUGAAAGUUGUACCUAAGUGUUGCGUAGAUUUUAAGUGUCUGAAUUUAAUAAAAAAUUUCGUAAAUUGAUUAAAAUAACAUUGUUGUAAUAUGUAAACAACAUACAUAUUAUAUUGUUUUCGCUUUGUGAGACGAUUUUAGAAAGAUAAAUUUUUAAAUGUUACAAAUUAUUUUAAUUAGGUUAAUAAAAUAAUCUAGGUAACAUUUUAGGUGUUAUGAAUAUUUUAUCAAAAAUAAUUAUUUUGCAGAUUAAAUAGUGUACAUUAA